AUGUCCGUGCCGUCGCUUCCAGCUACCCUUUCACCUCCCCUUAUUGGCCGCGAUGCAGUCGCCGACGCCCUCUACCGCUGCGUCCUCGGUUUUGACACAGCUGACGAUGCUCUGUUCAAGACCGCCUUCACUAGCGACGCCGUAUUCGUGCUAAAUGGGACUGUCAUGAAUGGCUUCGACACUAUCGUUUCCCAAUGUUACGCCAAUAUCUCCAAGAUGGAUACCAACCACUUCCUCACCAACGUUCGCAUCAAUAUCACGGAUGAUGAUUCGAAAGCUCAAGCUUCAUGCUCAGCUCUGGCUCAGCAUUUCCGCCCUGAGGAGGGUAUGAAGGCCGGUGCUGUGCCUCUGCUUGCGGGUGCAUUGUAUUGGUUGGAACUUGUCAAGGAUUCUAGUGACGGCUUAUGGAAGAUCAAGCACUGGACUAUGAAGACGACAUGGGCACAGGGCGACUGGGGUGUUUUUGGUGGUGGCAACUAA